CUGGCAACGAAUAGGGCAGAAAACGGGCUCAGUGAUUGUUAUACCUGUCGUUUCUCAAAGAUUCCACCCGAAGCUUUAAAUUAAGAUCGGGGGUAACUAUUCCGCACAUUCAUCCGCAGCGUAAAAACCCUACCUCUCGGUCUCUCUCGACUAAGAAAACUCUCUUUACCCAAGGAGCCAUGGCGAGCAGUUCGGAUCCUACCCUGCAGCAGAGGGAAGUAGAAGAGGAGGAAUCUGAGAACCAGCCGGCUGAUGAUGAGGAUACCGGAGCUCAAGUUGCUCCCAUCGUCCAACUCCAGGAAGUCGUCGUUAUCACCGGAGAAGAGAACGAAGACGUCCUUUUAGAUCUGAAAGCGAAGUUGUACAGAUUUGAUAAAGAAGGAAGUCAGUGGAAAGAAAGAGGAGUUGGGACUGUUAAGUUAUUGAAGCAUAGAGAUUCUGGAAAAGUUAGGCUUGUGAUGAGGCAGGCAAAGACACUUAAAAUCUGCGCCAAUCACUUGGUUCUUCCCACCAUAUCAAUUCAAGAACAUGCUGGCAACGAAAAGUCUUGUGUUUGGCAUGCUGCUGAUUUUGCUGAUGGGGAGCUUAAGGAAGAGACUUUUUGCAUCAGAUUUCCUUCUAUUGAGAAUUGCAAAACUUUCAAAGAUAAGAUUGAAGAAGUAGCUGAAGUUCAACAGCAGAAUGUGGGUGAAAGUGAAGAGGACACUACUGCUGCUGAACUUAUUGAAAAAUUAAGCGUUGAAAGCAAUGAAGACAACAAGCCUGAAGACAAAGAUGUAGCUGCAUCUGCUGAUGUUAAAAAGGAAGACACUGAGACUAAGGGGAGUGAUUAAAGCAUUUAUUUUUGUUUAUUUAUUUGUUAUUGCUUGAGGAAGGUUUUAUGACGUGCGUUCCUUGGGUGGGAAAAGUGUCUGCAGCCUGCACCCAUACAUACAAUAUAUAGUUAUCCAGGAUUGUGUGUUGAUUGGUUUGGUAUUUUGGGCUUUUGAGGGAAAAUCUCAAGUGUUACUCUAGGCUUGCUUAUAGACCUACUAUAUGUACAAGCGUGCACAUUGUUUCAGGGUUUAUUACAUUGCUUUCCGGAGAUUUUGGCUGAUCUUAUUUUUAACGCUUUCCAAGUUC